UGGUAUUCCACCCAGAAUUUGUAAAUUCAAACAGUCCGUUAAUUGGGCUUGACUAUGAAGAUUUUGUACGUGGUUGUCAUAUGGGUGUAUUUCCAAGUUAUUAUGAACCGUGGGGUUACACUCCAGCAGAAUGUACAGUAAUGGGAGUGCCCUCCAUUACAACAAAUUUAUCAGGAUUUGGUUGCUUCAUGGAUGAGACGCUUGAGAAUUCGAUAGAUUAUGGUAUUUAUAUUGUAGAUCGUCGGAUGAAAUCUGUCGAGGAAUCGGUACAACAAUUGGCAGACUACAUGCUACAAUUUUGUCAGAAAACAAGACGUCAACGUAUCAAUCAACGUAAUCGGACAGAAAGAUUGUCAGAUGUAUUGGAUUGGGAUUUGAUGGGUAUGGAGUAUGUGAAAGCCAGAAAAUUGGCAUUGUAUCGUGCUUAUCCUGAAUCAUUCGAUGAAAAGGACUCAAUAAUAAUAGGUGAUGGUGAUUCAGAUCAACACAAAUACAAAAUUCCAAGACCAUUAUCAGCACCGUCAAUCCCAAAUGAAUUUAUAAAUUCUGGUUGGAAUACCACUUUGACACGACCUGAUGAAUUGUUGAAUAGUUGGACUUGUCAAAGUUGA